AUGUAUACCAUCGCACGUGGAUGUGUCCAGCUUGCAGAAAUUAUAAAGUACUUAUAUGUUUCUGUUAUCCACUGGUGUCCAGCUUGCAGAAAUUAUAAAGUACUUAUAUGUUUUCUUCACAAUCUAUGCGAUAAAUUCUCUAUUAGUCACUACCCUUCACUAUUCUGGGGCCCACCUUCUAAAUUUGUGGGUGGUAGCUGGAAUGGGAAAUAUGAAAAAAAUGAAAAGUAUGAAAAUGAUGAGCUUCUUCAAUCAAACUUCUCAGACCCUGGACAGAUUGCACGUGCUGUUUAUGAUGUUGAAGAGGCUACCUCUCUUGCUUUUGACAUUAUUCUUGAAAACAAGAUGAUUAAACCAGAUACUCGAGCUACUCUUAUAAAAUUCAUGCAAUUAAUGACAGCUCAUCACCUUUCAAAGAGGUGUCGAAGAGGAAGUGCUGAUAUACUUGUGAAUUUUGACGAUUUAUACCCUUCAAAUAUUUUGUCACCAUUUGAAAAAAACAACACUCAACAUGGUGGUCUUACUAAAUUUGAGAUAUGUGGAAAAGAAUUUCCACGUGGAUAUUGGAUGUUUUGUCGUGGUAGCAAAAAUGGUACAAGGGGAUUCAGCUGUGGUUUAUGA